AUGGCGACCACCUCUACCACCUUCCGCGCACCUCUGCCCACCAUCUCCGAGAAGCAGAUGCUGGCACCUCCUCGUCCAUUGUACGAGCGUAUACCUAGCUUCGGCAGGUCGAGGUCCCGGUCGCCCUCCACUGGUCCGCAGACGCGAGAGAAGUCCCCCUACCGGGCUACAAACCUCUCCAUGAAUACCCAUCACGCCUUCGUCGGCCACGAUACCCUCCCGGAGAAGAUGUGCUUGGAGCGCAUCGCCUCCGUCUUCUCUCACCCCCACGACGAAGACUGA